AUGAACCCAUCUCAUAUCAAACCAUGUCUUUUAAGGGUUUUUACAGGAAGGUUUUCAGUAGAAAGAUUUUCAAAUCUAGGGUUUUCAGUAGUAGUUGUAAGGGAGAAGAAGAUGGGGUGGCGCGGAAUGGCGGCAACGGCAGAUGGUGGUGGCGUUGUAGAGCGUACAUGGCAUAUGGUCAUGGUGUUGAAUGGUUGUGAUGAACCAGAACGGCGCCAUUAUAAAAACCCCAAGAACAAAAGACAUGGUCAAUCGAACAAGACAAAACUUUCAGAAGAAACAUCUGCGAAAUUCAUAAUUCUUUGCUCCAUUCCGUUCUCCACUCCGAUACGCAAGACACCAAGAUUUCGUUCUGUAACUGAAACCCACAUUCCCUGCAGUCGUUUGAAGAUGGAAAGGUUUUGGAAAUUCAAUCGGUUUAAGCUGCGGUUAGCAAUCCUUUUUGUUGUUGCAUUAGUAAUCGAUCACAAUUCUAGCCUCUGUUGGUCUCUCAACACCGAAGGGUUGGCGUUGUUGAAGUUUCGAGAUGGAAUUGAGAGGGACCCUUUAGGGGUUUUGUCUGGUUGGAAUAACGACGGUGAAGCGGCGGAUUUGGGUCCUUGUUCUUGGUUCGGCGUUGAGUGUUCCGAUGGAAACGUGGUCAUAUUGAAUUUAAGAGAUCUAUGCCUUGAAGGAACGCUAGCACCAGAGCUCGGAAAGCUAACAAAUGUAAAGUCCAUUAUUUUACGCAAUAAUUCUUUCUAUGGAACAAUUCCUCAAGAAAUUGGAGAUUUGAAGGAACUGGAAGUGCUGGAUUUGGGAUACAAUAACUUCACUGGGCCAUUCACAUCUGAUCUUGUCAAUAACCUUUCCCUAUCAAUUCUUUUAUUAGACAACAACAAUUUUCUUGAUAAUCUUUCACCAGAAGUAAACAAUCUCAAAACACUUUCUGAGUUUCAAGUAGAUGAAACCAGCUCACAAGCUCUCAUAAUAAUGACUUCAUCUGUAACAAAAGAUCCAGUUCUUGGAAUGCAAUUGAAUCCAGAUAUGUUACAGAAAGAAAGCUAUUACAGUUUUCACCAUCAGGUGCUCCAGUUUCAUCUAUAUCAUUGCCUCCAUCUGCCACAUCACCUUCCACGUCACCAGUUUCAGCCCCAUCACCUUCCACGUCACCAAGUGGUUACUGUUAACCCAUGGGCUACAGGGUUAAGUGGACAGCUGCAAAAAGCAUUCACAACAGGUGUUCCUAGUUUACAACGCCCUGAACUUGUAACAGCUUGUGAAGAUUUUAGUAAUAUAAUUGGGAGUAUGUUAGACGGAACUGUUUAUAAAGGGACUCUUUCAAGUGGGGUUGAAAUAGCUGUGACAUCAACUGUCAUAACGUCUGUUAAAGAUUGGACUAAGAGUUCAGAAACACAGUUUAGAAACAAGAUAGAGAUGUUGUCAAAGGUGAAUCACAAGAACUUUGUGAAUUUGAUUGGGUAUUGUGAAGAACGAAAGCCUUUCACAAGAAUGAUGGUUUUUGAGUAUGCUCCAAAUGGGACUCUCUUUGAGCACUUGCAUAUUAAAGAAGCAGAACACCUUGACUGGUCAAUGCGGUUGCGUAUAGCUAUGGGCAUGGCAUACUGCCUUGAAUACCUCCACCAACUCAACCCACCUAUCACCCACAACAACCUCCAAUCUUCUUCCAUAUAUCUAACCGAAGACUACGCUGCCAAAAUCUCAGAUUUCAGCUUUUGGGAUUCCCAAAAAACGGGUCCCACAAAACCCCACACCCCACCUUCAUCUUCAUAUUCAUCUUCAUCCCCUCAAACAAAUGUCUACAGCUUUGGUUUAAUCCUAUAUGAACUAAUCACUGGUAAGGUACCUAACCCUAAUAGUAACACCCCAUCAUGGGUAUCGGAUUUUUCAGUGGAUCCAACUUUGACUUGGGUCAAACAAGAUUCGGUUGAUGAACUAUUUCAAGUGGUAAAAAGCUGUGUUCUUUUAGAACCGAAUGAAAGACCGAUUAUGAAAGAGGUGACAUCUAGGUUAAAGGAGAUCACAGACAUGACACCUGAAAGCACAAUACCAAGAUCAUCUCCACUUUGGUGGGCUGAACUUGAAAUCUUAUCAUCAACAGAAUCUAUUUAGAAACAUUUUGUAUCCUAUUUUUCAAGUGAAACUGAGUUUUAUCUGUAU